AUGUUUUUGUUUUUGGUUUUUUUUAUUCUGACUUGCUUAUUUAUUUUGUGGAUUUACGUCAUUUUAGGUGCUCGUCCUUAUAGGAAGAUGCGAGGUAGGUCUGAGGAGAAGUUACGAAAGUUUGAUGUCCUUAUAGGAAGAUGCGAGGUAGGUCUGAAAGUUUGAUGUCCUUAUAGGAAGAUGCGAGGUAGGUCUGAGGAGAAGUUACGAAAGUUUGAUGGCCUUGAUGAGAUUCUGAUAAAAGAAAAAGUUAAAAGACACCCGGGCACAAAGCUCCAGCAGAUGAAUUUAACAAAUGAUCAGAUCAUGUCGUCGUUCAUUACUGAUGUCUUUCCUUUAUUCUACCCACCUUCGCUUCCAUUCAUUGAGACGGAAGAAAACACUUUAAGUGUUCAAGUACAGCAGCUAAGUGAUCGACAUCUUACUGAUCAAGAGUUAGAGUUAAAUUUCCUUGUUAUAAUGGGCCUGCUUGUGAAAUUGGUAGAGAAUGAUGCAUCUAACAGAUCAUGGCUUGCCGCAGUAAGUAUUGUGUUACCUGCAUCAGAAGGAUUAGAAGAGGAGAGCCACAGAGAUGUAAUUUCACUACUGCAUUCCAUCUUUCUGACCAACCAAGAGGCUGGUGACGCAUCUGAAGAAGGAAACACUGAGUCAUGGGACGAUGAGGCAGCUUUGCUGCAAGAAGAGAAAGAAGUUGAGAAGAUGAUUGUGCAAGCUUAUGCAGUCCUGCUACUUGCAUUUCUUUCGACUGAAAGCAAUGGUGUACGCGACGCAAUUGCCAACUGUCAAACCUCGACUGAGCUGCAUUCCAUACGUGUGUUAAAUGUUUACUUUGUUGAAGCUCUGUAUUCCUUGAGGACAAGGAUUCUUUCAGGGAGGGAGUAGUUGAUAGGAACUUACCCAAAAAAAAAAAAGAGUAGUUGAUAGGAACUUAUGUUUUGCUUUUGUGAAGCGUUACCUCUGUUCAGUGUUAUGUGAAUUGAUGCUUAGCUAGCUAGCUUAAUUCGGUGGUUAGCUUAAUGGUAUAUUGUACUUGAGCUAAAUUGUACUGGUCAGACUUUAUUUUGUGAAUGAAAUAGAGAUUUAUUCUCUGUCUUUUCUUUGUA